AUGUGCUACAUCAACCACCAGGGUUGCAAGUUGGCCUGUAUGUUUAGACACAUCUGCUGCCUCCACUACCUCCUCUCCACAGUGGACUGGCUUGCCACAACACUGGCCUACAAGUAUACCAACUCCCUGCAUUCACCUGCUGAUCACAACAACACCAAUGCCAAGGUCUACCAACAGCCACCUGGUCUGCACAUUGCCAAAUUACCUGGCCACCCUUGA